CGGAAGUUACGUUUGUAAACGGGUGCCACUCACAACUUCAUUUGUUUUUUUAAGGUGUUAUGGACGUUAGCAGCUUGCGUAUUCGGCUGCUGCAUAGCUAUGCAAAGGGGACCUAGUUACUGUGGUGCGUGAAUUACGCUGCUCGAAUUCGAAGCACGGACAUUGCUUCCUUCGUUUCUUCAGAGAUCAUUCCGUUGCAGACCAUGGGUCGGCUGGAUGAUGCAGCAAAAUACAAAGUCGUGGAGCUUCGGAAGGCUGGACUUAGUUUCCGUAAGAUCAAAGCUGUACUGGAGCUGGAGAACAUCAAAGUUUCAGCACAAGCCAUAUACCUCUACCUGAGGGAGUUUCAGGGUAGACCACCAGGGAGGGUCAGACCUGCAGAAGCUGGGGGGAGCCCUUUGGUUGCUCAGGCUACACCUAGAUCUGGAGCUUUGCAUGAGAGCUGGAGCAAUAACCGUCUCCAGAAUCGAAUGCACGAGCCUCCUCAUCAUUCAGGAUUUGCAACUGCUUCAGGUUUCCCCAAGCAGUCCUCCACAAAUUCCGAAACAAGUGGAAAUGCAUCGAGUUCUGUGGAGAGCAGCGGAAGCAGCCGACUAGAGCAGCAGCAGCACGGGGAAAAUAAAGAAGAAAACGACAUUCAGAUUGUAAGUGUCACUUCUCUUGCCCAGCAAGAAGAGAAAAGAGUUCCUCAUGCUGGAAACACAGUAGAGGCUUCUGCUUUCUCCACUUCAACAGCUUCAAAUGUACUCAUGAGGAGAAGAGUCACACCUUCACCUGCAACAAGUUCAAUAUUGGCAGCUCGAAGAAGACUUUUGGAUAAAGCACUGUCACACAAAACAAAGGUGUUAUCGUUGUUGAGAAAAGAACCCUCAAACGUACAAAGUUCAGAUCCGAAGGGUUCGCUCUCACAGUUACCUGACACCUACGAUUUGACCACGGAAAAGCCUGUUAUCAAUGGUCAGCUCGGAGGAGACGGAUCUUCCCGAAGCUUCACUACACAGAGACCAGGACUGAGUCUUCGUUCCUUUCAGCUCCCUCCUCGUGUUGGGAUUCGUCUUCCCAACCGCCCACAACCACCUUUGACAUCCUCAGCUCCAAGGCCCUCACUUGUUCGUUUGCAGUCUCCUGGAAGCCAAGGGCCAACUUGCAGAGAAGGAAAUCCAAGCCCACAGCAGGCAGUCCAAGAUGCCGGAGGCAGGAGCGGUUUACAAGAGCAGAUUCAGAUUUUGGGCACUGAGGUGCGCAGUUUGGGUCUGGCGGUCAAGAUGCUCGUGGAGCAGCAGUGCCGCCUGGAAAGAGAGCAGCUGCAGCAAACGCAGAUACAAAAGCAGAUACUCGGCACACUUCAGAGCUUUGCCUCCAAAAUUGGACAUUGCAGCAGCGGUCGACAGCAGCUCAACAAAACUCCAUCCCCCUCUUCUUUACCGGCAACCUCUGGCCCUUCCUCCUUCAGCCAAGACUCCUUCUGUUUCAGUCAAGGAACUUACAACCAGUGCAGCCAAACACAGCCGAGUUAUAAAUCCUUAGAAAGUCUACAAAACGUAGAGGCCUUAAGGCUGUCGGCGCUGAGCCCAACUAACAUGAAUGGGUUUCCAUCUUGCAGCAAUGCAGAGAGCCAUUCCCUUUCUCACAGUACCCCUCAAACCCAACCAUACCCCGCUGCUUACACCCAACAGAGCAGUCAGACACUUGUGCCCCCUUACUCAGAGUCGUACAUAGCCUCAUACAGCAAGUCACAACCUCAGAAUUUCAAAACGCCAGAGGGAAAAACAUCCGACUUCACAAGCAGUUGUUCAAGGAUUUUUCAAGACUGCAGUUUGUCCACUCAGCGGGGGAUGAACUCGAGCCUGUCUGCUCAGGAUCAACAGAUCAACAGUAUCAAAGUGGAAGGGCCUUAGAGAGAUCUUUAGAUGUCACUGUGUUUGAGAGCCACAACGUCCUGGAUGAGCAUCCUUUGCCAUGACUGCAACAAGUGUUUUUACAUUAUAAUAAUAGUAAUGUAGCAUUUUUAUUAAUCAUUUUCAUUGGUAAUUUUACAAAGAAAAAUGCUUCCUGAUUAAUGAAGGUUUUCUUUACAAUAGGAAGAGAGAUCAUUGACUGAAAGAAGAAAACUGUUUUGUGAGAAAAAAAACUUUCUGUAAUUGUAUCUGUUUGCCUUGAAGUAAUAGGAAUUGCAAUAGAAACUAUACAUUUUCAAACUUGUAUGAUGAGUAAUUAAAACAUAAAACGUAUCACAA